AUGACGACCAAUAAGAGCAUGGACUUCAUGCGCAUCGGUGCGACCGAGGCGAAUUUCGAUGCGCUCUUUCCGUAUUACGGUAUGGGUGUAUUGUUUGCACCUAAUCUUCCGAGUGGCACCACGGCUUCCGACUACAUGCUGGUCCGCUCUUUCAAUGACUGCCAGUACACCCCUGCAAACUGCACUGACUCUGUUGGGUGCUACAGAAUGCUGCCACCCGCGCAUCUUCCCCCUCCUGGCGAAUACUGGCUCUGUGUGACGUCAAAUGACUGGCAUUCUCAAUACCUUCCAUGGGGUGUGGAAUCUCUUGAGGUGAAGGUACUGUUGUCCACUCCGCUGUACUUGACAGCUGGUAAAGACAGAAAUGUCGUGCUGCAGGAUGCGGAGUCUGUGGUCAGUAAACUGAGCCGUGUGUUCCUGGUGCGGUGCCCUGGCAACUACUGCCCCCUUGUGACUACUGACAGUGGGGAAGAUGUGGUGCACCGUGAUGCGUGUGUGAACACCUCCAGCUCGUCGCGUGUGUACCUGUCCGACGAACGUGUGCUGUUAGCAGCACCUGGUGUGUACGCUGUGUGUGUCGAUGAUGGUGAUGGAGAGUACACUGCUCCCGCUGCGCUCCCGGUGACGGUGCUGGAGAAACCCUUUGCCUUCAAGGUAACUGCUGACAGGGCGAGAAACACUGUUACGAUUGGUGUUAGUGGCGGUGACCUCGAGUGGCGCAGAGAGCCGUACACUGUGUGCGCUGUGUCACGGGAUGAAACGUGUGAUUCUGUGUCUGCGGGGCCUCGUUUGUGUGAGAAGAGCAGGUUCCCAAAUUCAUUUUCUGUGUCUAUGGAUCUCACCAGCAGGGGAAUGCUUGUUGAGGAUGUGAAGUUCUGCUUCAUCGCAGCCAACGUGACAAUCGGAGGACGCACCUACACGCAUAUGCAGAGUGUGCCAGAGGACGUGUGGGAGGAUGUGCCGGAGGACGAUGUUGAGUCGACCACAGGAUUGUCUGGUGGAGUCAUCGCCGGGAUUGUCAUUGCCUGCAUCGUUGUAUUAAGUGCUCUGGUUGUCGCUGUGAUGUAUGUGCUGCAUCAGCGAAGGAGAAAAAGAAGGGAGUCACUGGACUCUGGCACACCACCCUCGCCGACAGUGCCACACUCUGUGCCGAGGGAAUCAAAUCCCCUGACAACUGUUUCGGCCGACACUUCCCCACCCACGCCUGUUCCACCCCAAGACGAUGGUGCUGUCCAGGUGCCUGUUGCUGAGCAGCCCAGCAACGCAGUGGAGCGGCACAUGGACCCCACAAAUAUGCAAGAGGUGGUGGACGGGAAUUUAGCUCCUUCUGAGGAAACACACGAAGGCGGUAUGACAAAUACAGUAGGAAAUGUUACUUCUUCUGGUAACAACGUAAGCCACAACAUUGUGGCGUACCCGUCGACGCUUUAUAAUAUGUCGCCAGCGGAGUUUAAUGAAGUUUUGGUGAGGAGCGUGCAGGGAUACGUGGAAAAUCUUUACGCCACGUUGAUGAAUGGUGCGCAGCAUGGGGCCGCUCCACAAACAACACGUGUUCCUCCUGAGCGCAGUGCAAACGAGGAAUAA